GGUAAAAGUUUUGCUUAACAUUUUUGCCAAAAGCCCAUCCCAUCUUAAACCCUCCGCUGAUCAGAGCUCCUGAAGAUCAGAUUGAACAAAAGAACAAGCCAAUGAGAAAAAGAUUGCUCCAUCCUCUUCUUUCUUACUUAAAAUCACUCCCUUUUUCCCUUCAAAAUCCCCAACUUCCCCGCCAAAUCUUCUUCUCCCCACUCCCCCAAUUCAUUUCCACCUCUUCCCCUGGCAAUCUCGAUGGCCUAAUCGAUUCAGACGACCCGUUUCCAAUGCAAAACAACCCGCGGGUUGAGCCCGUUUCAGCCCAAGAUUUUGCCUUUCUAGGGGCUGAUUCAGGGCCUUCUUCACAACAAAACCUUGAUGUUGGUAAGUUUUCAAGCGAUGCUGUUUUAAUUGCAAACGCCAUUUUGAGUGGUAAUGGAGAGUUUGGGGACAAAACCCCGAUUUUUCUUAGGCAAUUUAGAGAAAAAUUGAAUGAAAAGUUGGUUGUUGAAGUUUUGAACUUGGUAAAACUGAAACCUGAAUUGGGUGUUAAGUUUUUUAUUUGGGCAGGGAGGCAAAUUGGGUAUAGUCAUACUGCCCUUGUGUUUAAUUCAUUGCUUGAUUUAUUAGAAUCCGGUAAUAAUGAUCGAAUUCCGGAGAAUUUUUUGUUGGAAAUUAGGAAUGAUGAUAAGGAAGUGCUAAAAAAGUUGCUUAAUUUAUUGAUUGGAAAAUAUUGCAAAAAUGGGUUGUGGAAUGUGGCAUUAGAGGAAUUAGGUAGGCUUAAGGAUUUCGGCUACAAGCCAUCUAGAGCAACUUACUGUGCAUUGCUUCAAGUGUUUUUGCAAGCUGCUGGAUUAGACACUGCUCAUUUGGUUCAUAGGGAGAUGUCGGAAGCAGGGUUCCACAUGGAUAGUUAUACAUUAAGAUGUUAUGCUUAUUCCCUUUGUAGAGAGGGGCAAUGGAGGGAGGCCCUUACGUUGAUUGACAAGGAAGAAUUCAAGCCUGAUACUGUUGUUUAUACAAAAAUGAUAUCUGGGUUGUGUGAAGCUUCGCUUUUUGAAGAAGCUAUGGACUUUUUGAAUAGAAUGCGUGCUAAUUCUUGCAUUCCUAAUGUUGUGACAUAUAGGGUUUUGCUUUGUGGCUGUUUGAAAAAGAGACAGCUUGGUAGGUGUAAGAGAAUUCUUAACAUGAUGAUUACAGAAGGUUGUUAUCCAAGUCCUAGCAUAUUUAAUUCUCUUGUUCAUGCUUAUUGCAAAUCAGGAGAUUAUUCUUAUGCCUUUAAAUUGCUAAAGAAAAUGGUCAAAUGUGGAUGCCAACCAGGCUAUGUGGUUUAUAACAUAUUGAUUGGUAGCAUUUGUGGCAAUGAGGAGUUACCCAGCUCAGGUGUGCUAGAAUUGGCUGAGAACACUUAUAGCGAAAUGCUUGCUGCUGGAGUUGUACUAAAUAAGAUCAAUGUCAGCAAUUUUGCCAGGUGUCUAUGUGGCGUAGGGAAAUUUGAGAAAGCAUGUAAUAUUAUCCAUGAAAUGAUGAGUAAAGGUUUUGUACCUGAUACUAGUACAUACUCCAAAGUGAUUGCUUAUCUGUGUAAUGCCUCUAAAGUAGAAAAUGCUUUUCUAUUGUUUGAAGAAAUGAAAAAGAAUGGUGUCGUUCCUGACGUCUAUACAUACACGAUUUUAAUUGAUAGUUUUUGUAAGGCUGGUCUUUUAGAACAGGCUUAUAAUUGGUUUGAUGAGAUGGUAAAGGGUGGUUGUGCCCCUAAUGUGGUGACUUACACUGCUCUAAUACAUGCUUACCUUAAGGCAAAGAAGGUGUCCAAGGCAGAUGAACUCUUUGAGAUGAUGUUGUCUCAAGGUUGCAUUCCAAAUGUUGUUACAUAUACAGCUUUGAUAGAUGGUCGUUGUAAAGCUGGACAGAUUGAAAAAGCUUGUCAGAUUUAUGCUAGAAUGCGCACUAACGUGGAAAUUCCAGAUGUAGAUUUAUAUUUUAAAGUGGUUGACAGUGAUGCCAAAACACCAAAUGUUUUUACAUAUGGAGCUUUAGUGGAUGGUUUAUGCAAGGCCCACAAGGUUAAAGAAGCUCGUGACUUAUUGGAAGCCAUGUCAGCAGUUGGUUGUAAGCCAAACCACAUUGUAUAUGAUGCUCUUAUAGAUGGAUUUUGCAAGGUUGGGAAGCUAGAUGAGGCACAAGUGGUGUUUUCCAAGAUGUCUGAGCAGGGUUAUAGUCCAAAUAUUUAUACAUACAGUUCAUUAAUUGACAGGUUGUUUAAAGAUAAACGACUGGAUCUAGCUUUAAAAGUCGUGUCCAAAAUGCUUGAAAAUUCUUGCACUCCUAAUGUUGUUAUUUACACAGAAAUGAUUGAUGGCCUCUGUAAGGCUGGUAAAAUAGAUGAGGCCUAUAAACUUAUGUUGAUGAUGGAAGAAAAGGGAUGCCAUCCAAAUGUGGUGACUUACACCGCAAUGAUAGAUGGCUUUGGCAAAGCAGGUAAAAUUGACAAAAGCCUUGAGCUUUUAGAACAAAUGGGUUCCAAGGGUUGUGCUCCAAAUUUCAUCACAUAUGGAGUUUUGAUAAACCAUUGUUGUAAUGCUGGCCUAUUGGAUAAGGCUUAUGAGCUUUUGGAAGAGAUGAAACAGACUUACUGGCCUAGGCAUAUGGCAGGCCACCGUAAAGUCAUUGAAGGUUUCAACAGAGAGUUCAUAACAUCUCUUGGGCUCUUAGAUGAGAUUGGUAAAAGUGAAUCUCUGCCAAUUAUACCUGUUUACAGAGUGCUUAUUAAUAAUUUUAUGAAGGCUGGGAGACUAGAGGUGGCUUUACAACUUCAUCAUGAGAUAGCAUCAUUUUCACCAAUUUCUGCAUACAACAGUACAUAUAAUGCCCUGAUUGUGAGCCUUUCACUUGCUCGUAAGGUUAACAAGGCUUUUGAACUAUAUGCGGACAUGAUUAGGAUGGGCGGAGUACCAGAGCUAAGUGCAUUUAUUCACCUUAUUAAGGGUCUCAUCACAGUCAACAAGUGGGAAGAGGCACUUCAGCUUUCAGAUAGCUUCUGUCAGAUGUUGUUUUCUUCUUUUUUUCAUUGGAUCUUUAUGGUUUCAAAAUCUUCCUUUGAGCAGGAUAUUCAAUGGCUUCAAGAAAAAGAGACAUCUGAUGCUGCUUAGUGUUUUUUGAACAUUUGGUUUUCCAGUUUGCUUGAUCUGAUCAUUGAAAGCUGGUGGUAAAGUUAUGCUCAGAUGUUGACUUUACUGGUUGAGGAUUUGUUUUGCAUGCAUAUGAAAGCAGAAGACAAAGACAACAAUGGACUGCUUAACAGAGUAAACAUUCUCAAAAUUACCUCAUUCCAUUGUUUGAAGUCAUUUUGAAUUGGAAGCAACUUCUUGCUAUUAACUGAAUGUGAUUCAGAGCAUUGCCCCCAAAGCUGAGCUUUGUUCAAAUUGUUUGUUGUUGGCACAAAAGAACUGAUUCUGGCUGCAGCACUCUUUGUUGAUCACUUCAUCAUAACAAGCCUGAGAUCUGCAUCUUGGUUAUGCGCCAGAAUAAUUUCUCUUCAUGCUUUAUUUCAGUAUAAGCAACUCCAUUGUCUUCUUUUACCGCCUUCAUUGCUUGGAAUGAAUGAAUCCUGAGAGAGAAGGAUGGAUUUUUUUUUUAGAAUGAAAAACGAUUAUGUCUCGUUCUGUAUCGUUUUCUUUAAUUUAUCUGUUUUUUUUUCGAUUUUCAUUAAUUGUAUGUAAUUAGAAUAUUGUUGAGUGUUCCAUAAAUAAUUUUAAAAAAUUUCAAUCAUUUAUAUGUUAAUUAUAAAUAUUAAAUU